CCGGGCGGUUGGGUGGAGUGAGGGGGGAGGGACCCAACCCGCCGCCGGCGCCGCAGCUCUGCAUGUCGUUCUCCUGCCCCGCCGCCGGCCCUAACAGCAGCGGAAGAGGAGGAAGAGGAGGAAGCGCCGCCGCGGCGGUGGGUGUGGAGGGCUAGAAGAUGCCGCAGUCCAAAUCCCGGAAGAUCGCGAUCCUGGGCUACCGGUCUGUGGGGAAAUCCUCGUUGACGAUUCAGUUUGUUGAAGGCCAGUUUGUGGACUCCUACGAUCCAACCAUAGAAAACACAUUUACAAAACUGAUCACAGUAAAUGGACAAGAAUAUCACCUUCAGCUGGUAGACACAGCUGGGCAAGAUGAAUACUCCAUCUUUCCUCAGACGUACUCCAUAGACAUUAAUGGUUACAUUCUUGUGUACUCAGUUACAUCCAUCAAAAGCUUUGAAGUGAUCAAAAUUAUCCACGGCAAGUUAUUGGAUAUGGUGGGAAAAGUCCAAAUACCCAUCAUGUUGGUUGGAAAUAAGAAAGACUUACACAUGGAAAGGGUGAUCAGUUACGAAGAAGGGAAAGCCCUAGCAGAAUCCUGGAACGCAGCAUUUUUGGAAUCUUCUGCAAAAGAAAAUCAGACAGCUGUUGAUGUCUUCAGGAGGAUAAUUUUGGAGGCAGAAAAAAUCGACGGGUCAGCUUCACAAGGGAAGUCUUCAUGCUCAGUAAUGUAAUUCCACCGCAAAACCUGAGGACACUGGGAAUCUAUUCUAACUGAAGAAGCAAAUGACCCCAUUAUCCUUUAAGAUAAACUAUGCUUCUUUUCUUCUGUUAACCUGAAAAAGAUCAGUUUGGGUCAGAGCCCCCCUCUUUUUUUUUGUUGUUUCUUCCUUCCCUCCCCCUUCAGAUUAUGUUAAACUCUGACUUCUGUCCAAAUGGCUUCACUUCCAUUUUCAAAUUUUAAGCAAUCAUAUUUUCAAUUUAUAUAUUGUAUUUCUUAAUAUUAUGACCAAUAAUUUUACUGGCAUUAAUUUUUCAGUGUAGUUGGUUAAAAUAAUGUAAUCAUCCAAAUGAGACAUAUUGUUACACUACUCUUAACUAGGCUUGAAUAUCAGUGUUUCUUUCAUUGUGUUAAAUGUAUACUUGUAAAUAAAAUAGCUGCAAACCUUA